AUGCCGAAAUCAAGUACAAGUCAACGAAAAAAUAAAAGUAGGACAUGUGAACGUUCUCCGAGCCCUGGGCUGCUCCAACAACUCCAGGCGAUUGUUUCUCGUCUGAAUGUGUUGGAAGACAAUUCCAGGUUAGGUUCAACUAGUGUGGCUACCAUUGGCGGGCAGCCCGUAGUGGAGUCGCCGGGUCCGGCGGUUGGCACCAUAGUGUCGCGUGCACCAUCUACAUCGCGAACGACGUGUGUGACGCCUCCACUGCCGUCUGUGCACGCUUCGCAGGUCUCCGCCAAUGAUAGCGCUGCUAUUGAGGUAGCCGACAAGAUUCGAUGGUGUGACGCCCGUUAUCCGUUCAGUUAUGUGUGCGCCGUAUUCUUCGAGUGUGAUGAGAAUGAGAGCUGCUCUGACGAUAGCAUCAUCGUUGGCCCGUCGCACCUACGUGACGUCACCAUAGCUGAAAGAGCGGGCGAGGGCGCUCCGCCGUCAGGAGAGGCCGUGUUAGCGGAGAAUGCUCAAGAA